UCUUGUCCACCAAAAUAUCCCCAGCAUGGAGCCCCCCAUCCCUGGGGGGCCACGGGGGGAGCAGGAGGAACAGAAGGUGCUGGUGUCAGAGAAGAGCUGGAGACCCUGUCCCCGCGCCCGGAGGAGGCUCAGAGGGUGUCUGGAGGGGGUGAAGCGGCUCCUUUUCCGUGUCGGGGAGGACUGGUAUUUCCUCUUCAUCCUGGGGAGCCUCAUGGCCACCAUCAGCUUCGUCAUGGACAUCCUCGUCUUCAGGCUCUACGAGGCCCACCGGUGGCUUUACCAAGAGCUCGGUGACGUCUUGGUGCUCAAGUACCUCUCGUGGACCAUGUACCCAGUGGCACUGACCGCCUUCUCCACCGGCUUCUCCCAGAGCAUCACCCCCCACUCAGGAGGUUCUGGCAUCCCGGAGCUGAAGACCAUCCUGACGGGUGUUGUGCUGGAGGACUACCUGGCCAUCCAGAAUUUCGGAGCCAAGGUGGUGGGGCUGACCUGCACUCUGGUGGCCGGCAGCACCGUUUUCCUCGGCAAAGUGGGUCCCUUUGUCCACCUCUCCGCCAUGGCCGCGGCCUAUUUGGGGAAGAUGUGGACCUCGGUGACAAAGGAUUAUGAGAACAAGUUCAAGCAGAACGAGAUGCUGGUGGCAGCACAAGCCGUCGGGGUGGCCACGGUUUUCGGGGCGCCCAUCAGCGGGGUGCUUUUCAGCAUCGAGGCGAUGUCGUCCCACUUUGCCGUGCGGGAUUACUGGCGCGGCUUCUUCGCCGCGACCUGCGGCGCCUUCAUGUUCCGCCUCCUCGCCGUCUUCAACAGCGAGCAAGAAACCAUCGCUGCGAUUUUUAAGAGCAACAUCACGAUUGAUUUCCCUUUCCACCUAACAGAGACGUUCUUUUUUGUGAUUUUGGGGGUCGUUUGCGGGGUGCUGGGCUGCGCGUACCUCUUCUGCCAGCGCUGGCUGCUGGCCGCCGUCAAGGACAACCGGCUCACGGGCAAGCUGCUGGCCACCGACAAACCCAUCUACACAGCGCUGGUGGUUCUGCUCCUGGCGUCCAUCACCUUCCCCCCCGGGCUGGGACAGCUGAUGGCUUCCCGGCUCAGCAUGAAGGAGUAUCUCACCUCUCUCUUUGACAACCGCACGUGGGGUGCACUGGUCCCCAACGCCUCCGCUUUCCCCCCCCAUCGCGUGGAGCCGGGGGCGCUGUGGCAGGAGUGGUGUCACCCCUCGGCCACCAUCUUCGGCACCUUGGCCUUCUUCCUGCUGAUGAAGUUCUGGAUGCUGAUCCUGGCCACCACGCUGCCCCUCCCCGCUGGAUACUUCAUGCCCAUCUUUGUCUAUGGAGCCGCCAUCGGGCGCUUGGUGGGGGAGACAGUGGCCCUGCUGUUCCCCCGUGGGCUGCAUUCAGAGGGGGCCCUGCGCCCCAUUAUCCCCGCUGGCUACGCACUGGCUGGCGCUGCCGCCUUCUCAGGCUCGGUGACACACACCAUCUCCACGGCCCUGCUGGUCUGCGAGGCCACCAGCCACCUGGGCCACCUCCUGCCCGUGGUGCUGGCCGUGCUGGUGGCCAACGCCAUCACCCAGAAAAACCAGCCCUCCUUCUACGACGGCACCAUCAUCGUCAAGAAGCUGCCCUACCUGCCCCCCAUCCGCAGCCGGCACAUGGCUUCCUACCGAGUGGUGGUGGAAGAGUUCAUGGAGCGCCGGGUGGUGGCCUUGGCCAAGGGUGGUGGCUUCCAGGAAGUGUUGGUGGCCUUGGAUGCGUCCACCGAUGCCGAGUACCCCGUGGUGGAGAGCGCAGGGUCACCCAUGCUGGUGGGCACUGUCAGCAGAGCCCAGCUGGUCACCUUCCUGCAGAGCCAUGAGCAUCCCCAGGCACCCCCGGGGGAGAAGCUGGCCACCGCGGGCACACUUGGGGACAGCUGCACCAUUGAGCCCAUCAUGCUCCAGCUCUCACCAUGGACGUCCCUGCACCAGGCCCAUCACCUCUUCGAGAUGCUGAAGCUGCAGCGCAUCUUCGUCACCCGGUCCGGGCAGCUGGUGGGAGCCGUCAGCCGGGUGGAGCUGCGCAGAGCCAUCGAGGAGCUCGCCAACCCCAAGUGAGGACUUUUGGGGACCCCAGGGAUGUCACCCACAGAAAGAGGGGGUGGUCCUGACCCACCCCAGGUGACGUGGGACCCCCGCAAUGGGGGAACCCAGGCGUCCGGGCUGCGGGAGGGGGCGCGCGGAGCGUGCUCUGGCAUUAAACAUGUCCUCAGUGCUUCCUCCUCA